AUGGCAUACUGCGCAACGAAGGAGCCGACAAGCCUGAUAGCGGCAGCGGGUCUGGAUGACGAGCGCUUCGUGGCCUUUGCUGGCCUCAUUGGGGGCUGCUUGGCUCUCCUAGGCAUUUCCGGCCUUCUCUUGGCAUGGCGGCGCGCCAGCGCUGACAGCGAAAGUGCCCAACUCACCGCACCAGCCACCCAAGAAAGGCUGGCACGAGUCGAGGCACCGCCCGGCAUGGGCUUCACAGCUGCCGGCCAAAUGGAGUCAUCUGGCGCGCAGUCGGCCUUCCGAGCAUCACAGGUGCUUGGCAUGGUGCUCGGACGUCAACAACAAGCUGCAAUUGACCACGCGACGUUUAUCCAGAGGAGGGACCUGGUGCUGCUCGUCCUCUUCGGGUUGUACGUGCUCACUUGCCUGCUGGUGCCCGUAAUUUCCUGGAACUCCAUAGAUGUCGAUGACGGAUUACCUUGGGAGAUUCACCUGAUUUUUUUGGUCGUCUUUCUCGCCACCAAAGCCGCUGAACUGUGGAUCUACAACAGUGAUCCGACACUUGCCAGUCCCCUUCCGGUGCUGAGGAGGGAGAGGUUCGACGUCAUGAACGGUUUCGUGUUCAAGUUCGCGAUGUCCUUCAUGGCAUAUUUUGAUGCCUACCAGGAUGCGGUGGCCACUGCUACUGCUUUCAAGUCACAUAACCCAGUGUCGCAGCUGCUGGCGCCGUGGAUGAUCGGGUGCUACCUGCUUGGCGUUGUUUGCCUGCAGUGGGGGAUCGUUGCGUGGCUGGCGCUACGUGACCCGACCCGCGCGUGCAUACUUAAGCUCCUUCACAUGGAAUCCGUCUGCGCUCGGCUCACUUUGCCAGCGGACCAGAAGAAGACUUGGGUCUUACUACAAAUCGCACGCACGAUUGGGGAAGACGUCCCCCAGGGGAUCACACAAACGCUAUUUGUCGUCUACGUGCAAAAGAACCCCUUCUUGAUCCUGUCCAUUCUCUGCGCCAUCGGCAGCUCCCUCUUGGCGGCCAAGGACGCCAUCACCCGGAAGCUGCUGGCUUCUGGCGAUGUGCAGCAGCAAGCUUUGGUGCAAGCCGCGGAUCAGCACGUCCACAGCGUGCACUUCGUGGUUUUCUCACCUGCAAGUCGUCUAGGCGUGGCUAAGGCUGUCUUCGUCCGAAGGAGCGGGCGCACAGACAAGCAGUUUGGAGGCAAAGAGCGCUGUGACCAGUGCUUCUACCUCCAGCAUGGCCAGUAUAUCACAGCAGUGAGGCUGACGCACCAUGGCGGAAUAGUCUGGAAACGCAACCUCCAAGCCAUCGAGGUCACCACCAACACAGGUGCUCGGAGGCUCUUCGGCUACGCGCAAUCCUUUGACUUUGAGGCCGUGGCCAGGGAGGGCCAUCACAUCGUGGGGCUCCAGGUGGAAGUUGACCGCCAUGGGCUCAGGAUCACAGGCGUCAAGCAGGCGAAAAUCCCGGAGAUGCCCACAGCCGAGAGGCCGCCAGCAGAAGCCCACGAAGGCGCGACUCCGGCCAACGGCGUCUGA